AUGGAGUUCUACUUGGAGAUCGACCCUGUCACCUUGAACCUGAUCAUCCUAGUCACGAGCUACGUCAUCUUGCUCCUGGUUUUUCUCAUCUCCUGCGUGCUCUAUGACUGCAGAGGCAAGGACCCCAGUAAGGAGUAUGCCCCCGAAGCCACGCAGGAGGCUCAAUCCUCCAUCCAUUUGGUGGUGAUGCAGCCGCAAAGCACUCCGAAGACAUCGUGGGGAAAGGAGUCUGGCCUUCAUUUGGGGAAUCCUGAGCCACUUGGGAAGAGAAGCACAAUGGUGUGA